UGCUUAAUUAGCUUUUGCUUUUUGCAUUGUUUUGUUUGAUACUACUAAUCCCAAUGGUUACUUUAUACUGUGCUCAGUUAAUAAUUUUCCUGGGAUGAUAUAUUUUUAUUUUUUCCUAUUAGUGAUGGUGGUUUUGUUGGUUUGGUGCUUUGAUUUAGCUAUUUAAUGAUAUUGGUAUGGAUUGUAAAUGAUAAAGGUUUGACUUUCUGGCUUGUGAUUUUGUGGGUUUUGGAGUUGAGGGUUGUUUGUUUGUGGAUUUGAUUUCUCUCAUUAGGGUUUCCUCUGGGGCUUUCACUUUACGUUUGCGUGUGUGUGUUUUUGUUUUCCAUUUUUUUAAUUGUUUUAGCCUUUUGCCAUGGGUUUCUUGAAUGAGGAAGUACAAUGAAACAAAUGGGUUUGCUUUUAUUGCAGAGAAGACCAUUCUCUCUCUCUCUCUCUCUCUCUCUCUCUCUAAUAUUGAGUUAUUGACAAAAAUCUUGCUCACAUUGGAGUGCCUUCCUGAAAGAAUUCCGCUUUGUUAUUACAAUUACUUAAACUCUCUCAUGAUAUAAAAAUCUAAUUUUGUUUUCUAACUAGUGGAAAACAAAAAUAAAACUAAGUUUGGUUGAGCAGUUUUUAUCACUAUAAAAUUCUUUUGCAUCUAUUUAAGUGUUUCGAAGGAAGUUUUACUUAGUUUCAUCUAUAUUUUAAAAUCUGAAGUGAUGUAGUAACUAUAACAAUCUGAAGAUGGUACACCUUAAAUCACAAGUGAUAUGGUAACUAAAAUAUCUCUAAAAUGCACCAUUUCAUAGUUAGAAAAGAAAACACAUUUCGUUUCCCUUGAUUGUGAGGGCUGUAGAUUUGAUUGCCUACGCUAACUAAUGAUGGAUGAAAAAUGGGUCUGCUUUAAGUAUCUGAUGAUUGCUCCAGGCUUGGUUGGAACAAUGAAAUGGCUUGUUUUUCAAAAUUGUGUGGCUCAGGUUUUCUUUCCUUGUUUACUUUCUUCAGGCAGCACAUAAGCAGGCAUAGAUAUACAGAGAGGAGGAACAGAGCUGUAGAUUCAAAAACUUCAUCAUGAUCAAACGGACACCAAGUAGAAACGCUAGAACCAGAGGCUUCAAGGUGAAGAAUGUUCUGCAGAUUUGUUUAUUGCUUGGUGUCUGUUUCUGGUUGAUCUACCAAGUCAAGCAUUCCCAUGAUAAGAAAAAGGAGUUUGAUGAGAAAGAGGCAAAAAUCUCUGUCAAAACUGAAAGUGGUGAUGGGAUUUCAAACUUGGGAAGGAAAGGCCUCCAUCCUCGCGUCCCGAAGUUACCUAAGGAUGAGAAACAUGAAGAAGAUGAUGAUGAAGAAACUAUAUUAGAGGAGGAAGUGAAUAAGAUGGAAGAAUAUAAGCGUGAACAAAAGCAAGUGGAAGAUGAAACUAAGCAUGAAGAAGAAGAAGAGCGAGAAGAAGAAGGAACUAAGCAUGAAGAAGAAGAGCGAGAAGAAGGCAGCAAGCAUGAAGAGGAAGAGAAAGAAGAAGAGGAAGAAGGAGGCAAGCAUGACAUGGAAGAGAGAGAAGAAGAAAGAAACAAGCUUGAAGAUGAGGAACAAGAAGAAGAAACCAAGAAUGAUGAGACAGAAGAUGAGAGGAGAGGAGGUGGCGAUGAUGAGAUGGAUGAACGUGAUCAAGAGAAAAUAGGAGAAGCUGAUCAUGAGGAGGAUUUUGUUGAUGAAGGGAAAGAGAGAGAGGAAGAAGGGGAGGAAAAGGAAAGUGGACAUGACGAAGCAGGAGAUAAGGAGGCUCAAGUGGAUGAUGAAACUUCAAUGGAGGAUCAAGAUCACGAUGAAGGUGUGCAGAAUGAUCAUGAGGCUCGAGAAGAACAUUACAAGGCAGAUGAUGCUUCCAGUGCUGUUCAUGAUACCCAAACUAUAAGCACUGAACCUGAGAAAGUGAGUUCAGAGAACUUGGAAGCAAAUGAUUUAGAGCUGGAGAAGAAUUCCAACAACAAUAAUACCAACAAUGUCAAUGGGGAUCAAAAAAACUCAAAAUCACAGCUUGGAGGAGGUGUAACGGCUGAGAAUGAUUCUCAACUGGAUAUGAAAGCAGGUGAAAAGAUGGAUGAUGAGAUCGUCAACACCAAGGAUCAGUCAACCAAAAAUGCAACCAUUGUUCCUGUUUCAAAUGGCCAACCAGAGCUAAGCAAUAAUUCCAUGGAUGUAAAUACAGAAGCUGGCAAUGAGACUUCUAGUUCAUCCCAGCAUAAUGAAAUAGGAGUUACAUCUGAUUCAAAUCAAGCUCAAAAUGCAAAAAUUGCAACUGAGGAAGCAUCUAACCUGAAAACCACUGAAUUGGAACAGGUCAAUAGCAACACAAUUGCAGAGAGCAGAGAAACUGAUUCUAAUUCUUCUGUCCCUGAUAAAACUGAGAAUAUUGACAACAGUGCGAAAGAUUCAAAUUUGUCUACUAAUUCAGGUCCCAGUGGAUCAGAUAAGUUGAUUAAAGAUGAAGUUAAAGCUGAAGCAGAGGUCAAGCCUGAUGGAUCAGAUAAGGUCACUAAACCUGAAGUUAAAGCUGACGCUGAGGUCAAUUCUGGGUCAUCUUCAACAACGAAGGAGACUGCAGAUACGGCCAUAGAUGGGAACUCAGAUGCGAAGAAUGAAUUAGGUGGAACAGAAGAAAACAAAGGCUCUUCUGCAACAGAUGGGACUGAAGCUGUUUUUCAUGACCACAUUGAUUCUUCUGAUUCUUCAGUUGGCCAAGAAGAGGCCCGCAUAAAUCUGGAUACGCUGCCAGAGAAUAGCGGAGAUGGCAUUAAUAGCCGAGAUGUGGCUGCAGAAUGAGAAUUGUUAUGAAAUGCCUUGUGAGUGAGUCUAGUUACUUGUUCGCUCUGUUUUGUUAAACACAGAGAGUUUUGGGUUUUUCAGGCAACUUUGAAAUAUGAUCUUAGGAAUACAGUUUUGGGCUUUUGGCAUUGCAGGCAAAUGUAGGUAGUUUGAUGCUAUUAAUGAUUGUACCUGAGUAUAAUUUAUGGCAUACUUCUGUUGAUAUCCUUUUCUAA